GUCGCCUUAUCUCAAGACACGUAAUAUCUAGUUAACGUUUGUUUACCAUUUUGUGUUCAUAAAUAGGACUGCUAUUACCUACGUAGUGUCAGUAAUAACAAAGCCUUUGGGAAAAAAUAAACAAGUAGAAAAUAAUGUCGCGAGUUUGCUUUAUUCUUGUGUUUGCUUUCAUUUGUGGCAUUCACGGUGCACCUCACGUGAAAUCAGGAGUGACUAUUUGCUUUCAACAAAAAUGCCCCGAGGACACUUUUGGCUGUGAAAAAAUUGUAAAAAUAUCUGAAGACAAAAAAUCCAUCCUAACCGAAAUACAUUGCUUGGGAUUGAAAGGUAAAAUUUUGAGCAAUAAGACGACUUCAGUUCCAAACCCAUUUGGUUCGUUGUAUUUCUUCCAAGGAUACUCAUUCCAAGGAUCUCUUAUAUUUACCGGUGACGAUGAAAAUGACAACCCAAAGAUCAACAUUGAUGUAACAAACGAAUUCGAUAAUACAUCAGAUGUGGAAGAAAUUACUAGCAAGGAACAGGAGAAACUCCGACCAGAUCGUCGAGAAUAUUCCGAAGUCGACGAUUUAAACAUAUAUUGAAAUGUUUAUGUACACUAAACUAAAACCAUAAUAAAAGACCUGUGAAAUCUUAUAUGACAAUAUAUAAAUUUAAAUAAAACUAAUUUGAAGAAUUAA